AUCGAUACAGAUUUCCUUCUCACUACAGCAGCCUCUUCCUCUCAAGCAAGCCAAAUUCUUCUUCUUCUUCUUCUUCCAGUCAAGCCACUUAUAGCUUCUUCUUGCUCUUUCUGUUACUACUUCUGCUUAUUUUAUAUUGGGCUAAUCGAUCAGAUAUGGGCUGUCUUGUGGGGCUCAUGUGCUACUUUUUUGAUAUGAAAAUUAUCAGUCUUCUGGAGAAGAAGAGGAUUCACCCGGAUUUCUCUGAUCCCGAGGUUAAUGAUGUUGAUAUCUACAAGUUCGACCCUUCUGACUUCCCUGGGCUCUCUGAAAGUAACUCCAAUGAACAAGGAUGGUACUUUUUCCGUGAGCGUACUUUUAAGUAUCCGACUAGUAAACUUGUCAACCGAAAAACCCCUGGAGGUUAUUGGAAAAUAACCGGGGCCGGCAGUGAUCUCUGGAAUAAAAGUGGGCAAGUCAUCGGCAGCAAAAAGAUUUUGGUUUUUUAUUCUUCUAAUGGAGUCAAGACUGACUGGAUCAUGCAUGAGUUUUAUGUCAAAGAUAAAAACGACCCUCGUUAUAAGAAGGAUUUUGUUCUCUGUUUCAUAGAAAGAAAACCAGAGAACUUGAAUAACGAAAAAAAAAAAUCAAACAAGUCUGCCUUGUCAACUCCUGAUGAUGGUCAACCAAGAAACAGUUUGUCUUCUGUUUCUAUAAGCCAAGUUGCAGAAUCUCCUUAUAUAGAGGUUAAAUCUAAGAAGAGAAAAUCAAGCAGGUCGACUUACCAAAAAAAAAAAUCAAACAAGUCUGCCUUUUCAACUCCUGAUGAUGGUCAACCAAGAAACAGUUUGUCUUCUGUUUCUAUAAGCCAAGUUGCAGAAUCUCCUUAUAUAGAGGUGAGAUCCAGCAUGUGUUGUGGCCAUAUCAAUGUUGUUGAAACAUACCAAGAAUUAUUACUUCUUUAUCUAUGGGUCUUGGUCCAGGUUAAAUCUCAGCAGCCAUCAUCAAGUCACCGUUUGAGUUCUGAUCCUGGAGAGAAUAUCACAGAAAUUUCUUUUUCGGAAGUGAGAAAAAGCUUGCCUAGCUUAUGGGUGGAACUUCAACUACUGCAAACUGCCAAUUUGGCUAGGGAUCCAGAAAGUUUAGUUCGAGAAAGUACUACCUCAUUGGUAGAACUUCAACUACCAGUCAAUAACAAUUCUUGCCCCAUGCAGGUAGAUCCUCAACUACUAGACGAACUCGAUUCAGCCAAUAGCUGUUAUCGGUGGAAUCAAAGCCCUCUCCCUGCACUACAGUUGCCAAUUAAUCCAGACCACAACGAGGGAUUCGAUCCCUCUACAGACUCAACUGGGUUUAAGGACGGCUAUAAUGUGUCGGGUUUUCAGUUUGAUGCGAUUUCACUAAGGGACUUUGAGAAUUUCCAUCCAUGUGAAGUAACUGAACAUUCUCCUGUUUGCGAAGACAUUGAAACCAUCAGUAAGACUCAGUGGACUGUAAACCACAUUGAUGAUGAGCUUGGAGAUGCGAUUUCACUGUGGGACUUUGAGAAUUUACAUCCAUGUGAAGUAACUGAACAUUCUCCUGUUUGCGAAGACAUUGAAACCAUCAGUAAGACUCAGUGGACUGUAAACCACAUUGAUGAUGAGCUUGGAGAUGCGAUUUCACUGUGGGACUUUGAGAAUUUACAUCCAUGUGAAGUAACUGAACAUUCUCCUGUUUGCGAAGACAUUGAAACCAUCAGUAAGACUCAGUGGACUGUAAACCACAUUGAUGAUGAGCUUGGAGAUGCGAUUUCACUGUGGGACUUUGAGAAUUUACAUCCAUGUGAAGUAACUGAACAUUCUCCUGUUUGCGAAGACAUUGAAACCAUCAGUAAGACUCAGUGGACUGUAAACCACAUUGAUGAUGAGCUUGGAGAUGCGAUUUCACUGUGGGACUUUGAGAAUUUACAUCCAUGUGAAGUAACUGAACAUUCUCCUGUUUGCGAAGACAUUGAAACCAUCAGUAAGACUCCAGUGGACUGUAAACCACAUUGAAAUUCCUUAAGGGAAUAUUAUUACUCUGAGAUUUUAUCAUCAUUUUUAGAAUGUUAUAUCUUUUGUGACCUUUAAACUCGUAAGCUGGUAAUUUUAUGUAAUAGUAUGGCCAAGUUCUGGAGACCAUGAGCUUGUUUAACUGGAAUGCUGUUUAUAUGUGGAUGUACAGAAUCUCCAUUAUGGAAUCUGUCUUAGAAUUUUGAUGUAUGAAGUUCAAUAAAUGUUGCUCUGCUCAUAUCAGGAACAAGCCUGGUUUAAAACCUUUUGUAUCUUUUUUAUUUAAUUAGCUAUUGUGAAGAUGUUAUGUUUUUGUUCCCA